GGCUAGUCAUAAUCACAGUUACAAUUGAGCCAACGCUCAAGCAGUCAUACAAUGUCAAUCGUCAAAUUCAGAGCUGGUAAAGUGAGCUAUGAUGCUGCUACAAAGACAGCGACUCCACUACCAAUACAGGGUCAGAUUGUGCUGAAGCAUUCUUUGGAGGAUGAAUCGUUCUUCUCUUUUGAAUGGUCACCAAAGGAUAACGUUGUAAACAUUGAGAAGGAUGAAUUCCUCAUUAUACCCGGUGAUGCAUCUUGGAGUCAUGUGGAGGAGUGUAAGACAGGUAGGGUGUUUGCAUUGGAGUUUCUUUCUUCAGGUGCUAGACAUCUGUUUUGGUUACAGGAGGUUAACGAUAACGAUGACGAUCCGAGCGAAUUGAGUAAAAAGGACAUGGAGAUCUAUGAAAAGUUGUCAAAGCUUUUCGAGUUCACCGAGGAGGACGAUGAGGAAGAAGAAGAGGAAGAUGAAGAGCAGCCACAACCAGGAUCAGCAUCUGAAGACAAACAGGCCGACACCGUGACACAAUCGUAAGUAGAGAACCC